AUUCUAAGCCCAUCCACUCCCUCCAUAUUUUCCAUACAAAUCACAUUUUUAUCACCCAAAUAUUUUUAAAUCGAAUUCUCAUCUUUCCUCAUUUUCUUCCUUUUUCUUCUCGUUGUUUUAGGUGGUUGGUGGUUUGAAAGUUUCAGGGGGUUCAAUUGCCAUGGCUUCCUCUCUCGCUUCCAAACCAUUCCUCGGAGCUCCAACGACCGAUGGGCUUUCUGGGUUGUGCUCCUCCUCCGAUCUUCGGACCCUCUCGUCCUCCUCCGUUCAAUUUGUGAUCCGCCCGAGAAACCCCAAGAAACUCCAGGUGCAGGCAGCUGGGAAUACUACCGGGAAUCAUUUUCGUGUUACAACUUUUGGGGAAUCUCAUGGUGGUGGUGUUGGUUGUGUAAUUGAUGGAUGCCCUCCUCGUAUGCCGCUCUCCGUAGAAGAUUUGCAAGGUGACCUUGACAGAAGGAGGCCAGGUCAGAGUCGAAUUACUACCCCUAGGAAGGAAACUGACACAUGCCGAAUACUUUCAGGAGUUCAUGAAGGAGUGACAACUGGGACACCAAUUCUUGUGCUUGUACCCAAUACUGAUCAGAGAGGACGUGAUUAUGACGAAAUGUCAGUAGCUUAUAGGCCUUCACAUGCAGAUCGAACUUAUGACCAAAAGUAUGGUAUCAGAUCAGUGCAGGGUGGUGGUAGAUCUUCUGCUAGAGAAACAAUUGGAAGAGUUGCAGCUGGAGCCCUUGCCAAGAAAAUCCUUAAGGCUUUCUCAGGAACUGAGAUCCUAGCUUAUGUUUCACAAGUUCAUAAGGUUGUGCUUCCCGAGGAAUUGGUUGAUCAUCACACUUUGACACUUGAUCAGAUAGAGAGUAAUAUCGUUAGGUGCCCAGAUCCUGAAUAUGCAGAGAAGAUGAUCGCAGCCAUUGAUGCUGUCAGGGUGAAGGGGCAAUCCAUUGGUGGUGUUGUCACAUGCAUUGUUAGAAAUUGCCCGCCAGGGCUUGGUUCACCAGUCUUUGAUAAACUUGAAGCUGAAUGUGCUAAAGCUGUUAUGUCAUUACCUGCAACAAAGGGAUUUGAAUUUGGAAGUGGAUUUGCAGGUACCUUUUUAACUGGGAGUGAACAUAAUGAUGAGUUCUAUUUGGAUGAUCAAGGAAAAAUCAGGACAAGAACAAAUCGCUCUGGCGGGACACAGGGAGGACUAUCCAAUGGGGAAAUCAUAAACAUGAGAAUAGCUUUCAAGCCAACAGCUACAAUUGGAAAGAAACAGAAUACAGUGACUAGAGAUAAAAAGGAGAUAGAACUUAUAGCCCGUGGUCGCCAUGAUCCUUGUGUUGUUCCGCGAGCUGUGCCGAUGGUGGAAGCUGUAAUAGCGCUUGCGCUCGUGGACCAACUAAUGGCAGAUUUUGCUCAGUGUCAUAUGUUUCCUAUCAAUCCCGACCUGCAAGACCCUGUGCCGCAGCCGUUGGUUGAUGCAGCAGAGGCAGCAACUCUGCACAUUUGAAAGUCGACAAACUUUCUGUAGCAUUGUGUACUUUCUGUAUCGGGCAUUGAAAAUUCAUUGUCAUGAAACGCAUGUGUGGUGUGGGACGGCAAACCAACGUUUACAGUACUCAAUCAAGUGAAACAGUGUCACACUGGAGUAUAUGUGAGAUGUGUUAACCAUUUUUUUUCCAAUAAGUUUUUGUUCAAUCAUUCAAUUUGUAGAAGUAAACUUUUGAGGCAAUAAAAUUCUUCUGUAAUAUCAUUAUCAGA